AUGGGGAAAAUCUACUCUGCUUGUAGCCGUGUGGUCGUGUAUCUGGGUCCUGAUAUUGCUAUGCCGUUAAUCGACCGACAUCCGCGUCGGAGGAGGUUGCAUGAGUUUGAGACCGGGGAAAUCAACCGUGCUUUCCAAAUAGCUGUGGCGGCUCGCAGUUCUCACCGAAUAAUCUAUCUGAUAUUCUCAGGCUCCGAGCUUAUUAUGUCACAGCGUGUUGUCAUCCGCAUUGAAGACGUCGAUUUCUGGGCUGACUCUACCAUGGCCACUCAUUUCUCGUUGAAGGCCCCUAGGUGGGAUUGGGGGACCACUGCGGCGACCUGGAUGCAGUUUACCUCACAAGGAACCUCAAAAGAGAUGAAUCUUGGCGAACUUCUCGAGAUGUCCUCGGCCUCACAGGCUACUGAUCCUCGAGACCGCAUUUUCGGGCUACUGGGCGUUUUGCAUGAGUUGAAGACUGAGAGCCCAAGCCAGAGACCCAAAAUCAGUGAUAGCCUUUUGAGCAUCAAAGGGGGGACCCAGGCUGACUAUUCGCUCUCGUGUCAACAAACGUUUGUUGGCCUCUUUGCCUAUUGCCUACUCAAUAAGAACAAACCAAAUAUCCUCUACCGCGCCUCAUGCCUCUCGCGGAAGAAGCCCGAAUACCUGCUUGCGAAUAAGGAGGGGGACUUGCUGUCUCGGUACAGAGUUGCCCUCAAAAUAUAUGAGCUCCGUUAUAUUGCAAAGGAACGUCACUGGAGGAAAGGAGCCUUUAUCAAUGCCUCCACUGCGAGCUUGAACAUCAAUCUGACGCAAUAUAUGACCCUUUCUCAUACAUUAGAACGAGUUGGGACCAUCAACGAGCUGCACCUACUCUGUAUGCGACACGAUUUUUUGAGCGUCUACAUAGUAUCUAAGGAGAGACUGGAUAGAGUCCUUACGGGAAAGGGGAACGAAGAGUUGUUCGUCUUAAACAUAGAUGACUGUUCAUUCAUAUACCUCCUACUAAGGCGCCAGACGGACGAGCAUGGAGCCGUGACAUAUAAGCUCAUUUCGGCUUGCCCCCAGGUUCAAAUUCUGGAACGCACGAAGCGAAGUGGGAACGAGGUCCAGCAAUUGAGAAGAUUACGGCUUGAUCCUCUGCAAUUCAGUGUAUACGGUGUUCUUGAGAAGUGUAGGGAGUUUCUCGACAAUCCAUUCAUGGCCUUUCUACGGGAACCGCGGGACAGAGGUAUUUUGGUUGGGAUCACGGCAAUACGUGACCUUGUGCCCGUCCUCAAGCAGUUGUACCAACACCGAUCGCAACGAGAUAUGAGUAUCCGUUGGCCCGAAAAUGUCAUAAACGCUGAAACUCCACGUGAUCUAUACACGGUUGGCGAAAUGUCCAUCCAGUGCGUUAACCAGAAAUUCUCCCCUCAAUUCAACGGCGUAUACGUCACCAUCUCCGUGUCAACCUUGUGGGAGGAGAUCUGUCGCAUAUACCUUUUUAGGAGUAACAUUUCAGACAAUCAGCAUGAAAUCUGGAAAUACAGAAUCAAGGAUUCUAGAUCCUCAUGGAGAUCCUCAUGGAAGUCUCCCUAUAUCGCACCCUCAGUUUACGACAACUUGCUGAAGUUGGGAUCGGUUUAG